CCACUGAUAGCACCCCUUCCGUUCUCACACCCAGUCUCCUGCAUUCGCCUACAGGCUUGGGCUCCAGCUUGACCACCCAAAUAUGCCUCCCAACCUCACGGGCUACUACCGCUUUGUCUCACAGAAGAACCUGGAGGACUACCUGCAGGCCCUAAACAUCAAUGUGGCUCUGCGGAAGAUAGUGUUGCUGCUGAAGCCAGACAAGGAGAUCAAGCACCAGGGCAACCACAUGGUAGUGAAGACCCUCAGCACCUUUCGCAACUAUGUCAUGGAAUUCGAAGUGGGAGUUGAGUUCGAAGAGGAUCUGAGGAUCGUGGAUGGACGGAAAUGCCAGACUAUAGUGACCUGGGAAGAAGAGCAGCUGGUGUGUGUACAGAAAGGCGAGGUCCCCAACCGGGGCUGGAGACACUGGAUGGAGGGAGACAUGUUACAUCUGGAGCUGACAGCGAAGAGCGCCGUGUGCAAGCAGGUCUUCAAGAAGGUCAGAUAGCCCACAAGAAGCUGACCCUCCAGACCCCUCUUCUGUGUCCCCUUCAAGCUCAGACUGUACCGGGUCAGCGCAUCCCUGUCUCCUCCACUUGUUAAUCGGUAACUUGCAGCCCCCAGCUCAAAGUCCUUCCUCUCUCAUACUCCUCUGCCCAACAGCUGUCCCUGUCCCAGGUCAAAGUCUGGCCUGGAUGUCAGCCCUGGAAUAGAACAUUGUCUCUUUCA